AUGACCUUAUUGUCUCCUAAAGCUUUAAGUACAACUGAAUAUAAUAAAUUAUGGAAAUUUAUUGAUUCUAACUUGGUCUUGUUAUUUUCUUCUGAACCUACAAAAAUAUCUGAAAUGGAACUGUAUCAUUUUGUUUAUGUUAUAUCGAUUGCACCAGGAGAAUUAUGGAAAACAUUAUACUCUAAUCUCAUUCUAUUUCUUAAUCAUUUUUGUGAGUCUAUUUGUUGUAAAAUGUCAGUAAAGCCAAUUACAAACUUAUAUAUUCAAGAAUAUUUAAAAUAUGAACAUGCUUUAAAGAAAAUGGAAAAAAUUUGUAAAUAUCUUACAACAUAUUAUCUUCAUGAAUCAAUUAUUGAUUCUGGUAAACGUAUCUGGAAAGAAUUAGUUUUUAAACCAAAUAGUUUUGAAAUUAUUAGUGAAUGUCUCUCUUAUUUAAAUGAAAUUCGUCAAUCAAAAAUAGACCAGUCAUUUUUAUGUACAUUUAGAGACUGUUUAUUAUCUCUUGGUGCAACAUCUCAAGCAUCUAGAGAAAAUUAUGAAAUAUUUGAAGAUGAAUAUAUUAAAGACUUUGAGUUACAUUCUAGCUCUCUCUUGAAAUAUUCUCAAAGAGAUUUUUUAGAACAAGUCACGAUUAUGGAAAAAAUAGAAGAAGAACGGGUAUGGGUUUCACUAGAAAAUACAACAAAAGUAAGAGCAAAAAAGAUAUUAAACGACAUAUGGCUAAAAAAAAGUGAUUGUGUUAGUCAAUUAUUAUUACAAGGAUUAGAUAAAGAAAAUGAUCUUGUAGAAAUGAUUUUUAAUGGAUGCAAACGAGCUAUUGACUCUUCUCUCUUAGAAAAAUUAAGAGGAAUUUAUGCUAAAUGGAUUUUAUCUAUAGCCUAUAAAAAACUUGAUAAUUUCACUGGUGAUAGAAAUGGUUGGAUAGAAAAAUUAGUUGAUAUUUUAAGGUGUGUUAAUAAAUCACUUGAUCUGUUUCAUAACGAUUUGUCUUUUAUUCAAACUGCUCAAAUCACUCUGAAAAAUAUUAUGUCUUCAGUUCCUCAUAAAAAUACACCAAAUAAUGCAAUGUAUAUUGCCCUUUAUUUACAUGACUUAUUAAGAAAACACUACUCCCAUUCUACUUGUUUACAACCAACAUUAAAUUAUAGUUCUGUAGAAGUACUUGAAUUAAGUAAUUAUUUACAAGAUAAAGAUGUGUUUGAAGAAUGGUAUUUAAAAUUAUUAGCAAAACGGUUACUGAAUAAAGAAGCUACAAACACAAGUAUGGAAGAAAACAUAAUUAACAAACUAAGAGAAAUGAGUGGUGUAUCAUAUGCAACUAAACUUGGGAGAAUGUUCUCAGAUAUUGCCUCAAGCAUAUCUCUAACAAAUGACUUUAAUAAUUUUAUCAGGUCAACUAUUCUUGAUGUGAGUAUAGGUACUGGAGGAACAUGGCCUUUAAAACCAAGUGAAAACAUAGAAUUACCACCUGUCAUGAAUGAUUUACUUAAUUCUUUUGAAUUUUUUUAUAAGAGGAAAUAUGAAUCAAGGAAACUUCAAUGGGUAAUGAAUAUGUCUACUACCCAAAUAGAAUGGAAAUAUAAUGGUGAAUUAAAGAAAGUAACUCUUCCAACAUUAGCCAUUGCAUUAAUUAUUAGUAAAAGUGAUGGUUUUCAAAUGAAAAAUGAAGGAGAAGUUUAUACUAUGUACCAGGCAUUAAUUAAAAGCGAAAUCUUUGAUUCAAGUGGCAAUAUUACAAGUAGUUUUCUUCAAGGUCAUCACAAAAAAUUAGGAAUAACUGAACAAAAAACUAGUGAAAAGAUCAAAGAGGAUCGAAGUGCUUGGGGAGAAGCUGUUUGUGUUAGGUUAAUGAAAAAAAUGAAAAAAUGUAGAGAAUUGGAUUUGAUUAAUAUGGUGAUUAAAGAAAAAGCACCAUUUAUUCCAACCGAACAAUUUGUUCAAAACGUAAUUGAGAAGCUCAUUGAGAAAGAAUAUAUUGAAAGAGAUAAAAUAAAAGGGGUGUUAAAUUAUCUCUAUUAA